GAGGGGGUGGUGUUUGGUAAGGGGGAGUGAACGAUCGAGGGGAACAAUCUGCGCGAAUCUGGCCCUUUAAAUUGCACAUACACCGUAUUCGGAGCAGAAUAAUCCAACCUCUGAUCAGGACAAGUUACAUCACCACACAGCAUUCUCUCCUUGUUGCAGCUUCAUAACUGAUGGCAGAGAAUGUCGACAACUAAUAACAUAGCCCAGGCCCGGAAGCUGGUGGAGCAGCUGAGGAUCGAGGCGGGGAUCGAGCGCAUCAAGGUGUCGAAAGCUGCAGCUGACCUCAUGAGCUACUGUGAGCAGCACGCCCGCAACGACCCCCUGCUGGUGGGGGUGCCCACCUCGGAGAACCCCUUCAAAGACAAGAAGCCCUGCAUCAUUCUAUAGCCGCGCCCCGAUGCCACCCCUGCCUCUCCGACCUUGCGGAUGCCCAGUUACAGUCAGUGGGCGCAAUUCAAACACUACUUUUUACUCAGAAAAAAAAAACUCUGGAUAAAAAAAAACUAAAAUGCCACACUUUCUUGAUAAAGGCGAAGGGGCAAUAUCCGUCUCAGCAUCAUGUAGCCCAGUGGUUGAGUGCGUCUCUGUGAAUGAAUGUGUGCAUACGCGCAGAAUACCUCUGGCUACUGUCUCUAGUGCAUUCAUUCACACAGAUGUACUUAACAGGGGGAUGGCAGAUUUGACAAUUUUUAAAAUGCUAAACAUUGAGAAAAAAAAUAUACCGACUGAGUGAUAUAAAGCAUGUUUUUCAGUCCAGAGUUGACCAUAUUACCAUGGAGUGAUGGACGGGUCUAGUGAUGAGGGUUGACGAUGUGGACUGUGCGUAGAGUAGCGAAAGUUAAGGGAGGUCGUUGUGUCUUGGGUUGACGGAAUAAGCUGACUGUCUAGCUGGCUAGUCCAGUCACACUGUGGUUAUGGUUAUUCAGUGUUAAUGAUUAGCUGUGUUAUUUUCUGAAAGUGGCUACCUGUAGAUUUGUAUGACCAAAUAUGGAAGAAAAAUAUUGCAGACAUGCUUACCUUUAUUGCGACAGCACAUUUUAUGAUUUACAAAGGGAUUCAAGACUUUUGGCAGAGCUGCCAAUAUUUUUACAGUAUUCUCAGACAAGUUAUCACUUAAAAUUCUUUCAAAUUGGAUCCACUGAACUAUAGACUUGAUAUUUGUUUUCAAUACAUUUUUGUUACUAACCUUGGCAAAACAUACUUACAUAUGAUAUCUUGAAAAAAACUAAAAAGAAACAAAUACCCCUGAUUUUAAUGUCCUCAUUUUCAAUUAUAUUAACAUAGUCUAUAUUUAAGCCCACUAUUUACUUGAAGCAUAAAGGUUUUCAGCUUAUGUAGAUGUGAUAACAGAAGGAUAGGCAAGGAAACCUCUAAUACAUAAUUGAAGAAAAAUUAUAGCCGUUGGAUAAUUCUCAGUACAUUUUGAGGAAGAAACUGAAUUGUAUGUGCCACACGCCAACACAAGACUGAGUCUCAGAAAAAAAAGACUCAUCCAAGCAGAGAUUGCUGUUCGUCUCUGAAACCAAACUUGAUUGUAAAAUCCAUGAAGGAAAAAAAAGAAAGAAAACAAUGUAUAAACUUUCUUUCAAAGUGUUACCUUUGAGACUAGCUGUUUGGAUUUGUUUGGUGACAUUUCUUCUUUAUAUGGACUAUAUGGAAUCUGAGUCAUUGAGUAUGAUGCUGUACAGUGUUUGAUAACUAAAGCGCAUUCAUUUUCUGUGGAUGUUUUAUCUUUUGUAAUUUUUGUGUAAUAUUUCUGUUCUUCUCAUCGACCAUGUUUAACAGUUCUGUUUGUUAUUGGGAAGGGAAAACAUCUGGAUGGGCUCUGUGUCAGAUAAGAUGGAUAAGUUCAUUAUAGCCUACCUCCACACCCAACAGCAUAGCGAUCAGAGACACCCAGUCAAAGAACCCGAAAGCUCCACCUGCUCUAUCCUCUCAAAAAACUGUAGCGAAUGGAUUGAGUGUGUUGGCAGUCUAUAUUACCUGUGUGAUAUGAGUGAACUGCCUAGUAUGCAGGUCCAACGUUCAUGAAUAUCUUCCCCAGUGCACUCUGACGCUAGGAUAUGUGUUGUGGUCCCGUAGUCAGUGGUGUCAAGGGCAGCGUGUCAUGUUACAUAACAAGACACAAGCCUGGGUUUAUCACUCGAGUAGCACAUUCUGCUUCAGUAGGGAACAGCAAGGUCAAGGCACACUGUGUGUGUGUGUGUGUGUGUGUGUGUGUGUGUGUGUGUGUGUGUGUGUGUGUGUGUGUGUGUGAGCGAUAGAGAGGGUCAGUGGGAGCAUUGUCUGCCAGUGGGCAGCCUGACCGACAGCACAGAAUCGACUAAAAAUGGAGUCAGAUGACUUCAACUUUGCCCGUCAACACACAACCACAGAUCAUGGUCUGGGCUAGCGCUCAAUAGCACUGUGUUGUCACUCGCUGGCCUUUGUGCUGAAAAUGGCAGCAUGACCGCCAUAAGUGAGGCUCUGACCUGUGGUCACUGCACAGAGAACAACAGUCCCGAGCCCCUAUAGAAAAUUAGAGCCCCCCCCCCUGUACUUGUGAGUCAGAGAUAGGGUGAAGUCACAAGACACCGCUGCUGCUGAGUCAGACAGCGGUAUGGUGUCUCGGUAUGGUGUCUGAUGUCUCGCUCGCCAGUCCUCAUCCACCACCUGAUAAUUGAAAGGGUGUUCAGUACUGGAGAAGUGAAUAGAAGAAGGGACAUAGAAGUGAGUUGGGUGACCCCGUGCAAAGAAGCAGUUGGACUUGAGCAGAAGCUGUACCGUGCCUUGUAGAGUUUGGAAUUAGAAGAGGAAAAGAGCAGGACAUGAUGCUGUCGUUCUUAACCAGUUAAAGGGACAAGUCAGCUGGCACCCCACACAGAAAUAUUACUUAGCUGUGUCUCGGCCUGUCUUGAAACUGAAUAAAAUGAUCAAGUGCUGAAAGAAAUUGACUCCAGUCAGUAAAAAGACAAGGAUUUCUUAAUCAUGAUGGAUGUGUAACAGCAGUCGGAGUGUGAAAAACGACAUUGCCUAACCGUAAUUAGCCAGGUUGGAUCUGCAGCAACCAAGUAAACUGUUGACUCUUUGUACUAUUUCAGAUGGCAUGACACUGGAGUAAACACUGUGAAGGUACACACGGGAGUAAACACUGUGAAGGUACACACGGAGCAUUUCAGAGCACAGUUUCCUAUCUCUUCACCAGCAGGGAGUGUGAGGAGUCCACUGUGCCAAGUGUCUUUUGUUUUCGUUUCUUUAAGUGCCAGAUUCAGCAUUGCCUAGACUCCUCCAUCGGGACUAGCCGAUUAACAGCCGAGAUGUCGCCCCAUCACCGUUGCUCUUGUCAUUGGAGCUUGUUAGGUUGUGGAGUUUUCUAUGUCGUACCCUGAUGGUUACACAGAGGAGAGUUGCCAUUCUUUUUAGCCACACAAAGCAAGAACACUAAAAAAAAAGGUGCUGAGGUAGCCGUGACGCCGAGACCUUCUUGUCCGCCAUUUUUAAACAUGGAGUGCAUUGGCGAGAGCUCAGAGUAGGCUUUAUGUGGGUUAUAUCUGUAGCCAAGUUGUUAGCCAGUAGAAUCCAGUCCCAGCCUGAGUCAUGAUUUUGUGUUAUUUCCUGUGUAUGCAUACGUAUCUUUCUUGCCUUGAUUAUGAAGAAAUAUAUCUAUUUUUUGUAAUUGUUCUUCUCUGAUGUGCCAUAACUCAUGUUUUCUUGCACACUGUUAAUAUUUUGUGGAUAUUGCUGUUUAAGAUGAUAUCAAAAAGUAGACAAAAGGAAUAAAGUUCAAAUGUAACUGCA